GGCGAAUGCCGGAUGACCGUGUGCCGUGUGGCUAGCCAGGUGUCAUCGGCAUGAGUGGAUCGUUCCCGACAUUGAAGCUGUGGUACUUUGAUGUGCCUGCUCGCGCGCAUGUGAUCCGUGUGGCGCUCGCGAUCGGCGGCGUUCCGUUCGACGAUCACGUUGUGUCUCGAGAAGAGUGGCCAGCUGUGAAGCCGUCGUUGCCAUUCGAGCAAAUGCCUGUGCUGGAAGUGGACGGCCACGUGUUUGCCCAGUCGCAUGCAAUUGAGCGGUAUGUCGGGCGUCUCGCGGGGCUGUACCCGUUCGAGAACGCGCUCGAGUCGCUCCAAGUGGACGAGAUCGUCGACGCCAUCGAAGACAUCAACCAACUGUUCGUGCCAAGUCGGAGCGAGCCAGACGUGGCCAAGAAGAAAGCCAUGCGCCAAGCGUUAGGCGCGACCGACGUGCCCAAGAUGUUUCGCCUCCUCGAAACGCGGCUCCAGUCGUCCACGGCGGCGGGACCUUGGUACCUUGACAAGAUGUCGAUCGCAGACGUCGCAGUCUACGCAGCCGUCGUGAUGAUCAAGACAGGGUUCACCAUGCACAUCCCGACAACAAUUUGCGACCAGCACCCGCGCAUGCUUGCCAUUUACAAAGCCAUUGACUCCCACCCCAACGUUGUGGCGCGCUACGGGUCCUGUGGAUUAUAGAGUAUAGGGGAUCGUCAGAGCUUAGCACGUCAUGAUGCUAGCCCGUCGUCAUGCAUACCAUUCAUGCAUCCAUGUUGAGUCCA